CGAGCUCCACACAAGCACACAAAAGCCAUCUGUUUCAGCUCAGGCGCACGAGGAGCUAGCCAGUAGCCACACACACCUGCGGCUCGUGUAGCAAUGGAGGGCAAGGAGGAGGAUGUCCGCCUGGGGGCGAACAAGUUCUCGGAGAGGCAGCCCAUCGGCACGGCGGCGCAGGGCUCCGAGGACAAGGACUACAAGGAACCCCCUCCGGCGCCGCUGUUCGAGCCCGGCGAACUCAAGUCCUGGUCCUUCUACCGCGCCGGCAUCGCCGAGUUCAUGGCCACCUUCCUCUUCCUCUACGUGACCAUCCUCACCGUCAUGGGCGUCAACAACUCCCCGUCCAAGUGCGCCUCCGUCGGCAUCCAGGGCAUCGCCUGGUCUUUCGGCGGCAUGAUCUUCGCGCUCGUCUACUGCACCGCCGGCAUCUCCGGCGGGCACAUCAACCCGGCGGUGACGUUCGGGCUGUUCCUGGCCAGGAAGCUGUCGCUGACCAGGGCGGUGUUCUACAUCGUGAUGCAGUGCCUCGGCGCCAUCUGCGGCGCCGGCGUGGUCAAGGGGUUCCAGCAGGGCCUGUACAUGAGCAGCGGUGGAGGCGCCAACGCCGUGAACGCCGGCUACACCAAGGGCGACGGCCUCGGCGCUGAGAUCGUCGGCACCUUCGUCCUUGUCUACACCGUCUUCUCCGCCACCGACGCCAAGAGGAACGCCAGGGACUCCCACGUUCCGAUCCUUGCCCCACUGCCUAUUGGGUUCGCAGUGUUCCUGGUCCACCUCGCCACCAUCCCCAUCACCGGCACCGGCAUCAACCCGGCCAGGAGCCUCGGCGCUGCCAUCAUCUACAACAGGGAGCACACCUGGUCAGACCACUGGAUCUUCUGGGUCGGCCCCUUCAUCGGCGCCGCCCUGGCUGCCGUGUACCACCAGGUGGUCAUCAGGGCCAUCCCAUUCAAGAGCAAGUCCUAAGCUGCGACGAAGAUGCAGAUCGAAAGAGCAAGCUGCUCGAUCUCCGAUGGGGCGGCUGUUUCCCAUGCCUGCUAUGUUAAUUACCCUGUGGAAUUCCCGUUUCUGUUCCAAGUUUGAUGUGUACUGCUGCUCCUUCUUCAUAUGAACACCCAGACUUGUAAUCUCAGUACUCAGUUGUGUAUGCUGCUGCAAGUGUUGUUGUGCAAAUCGACUUAAGCUGUUUAUUCA